GGUGACAUCAAGAUUAAGAUCAAGAUCGAGGUAUCUGUGACAUCAAGAUCAAGGUCAAGAUCAAGUAAACAGACAACAGAUCCGCGGCUCCUGGCUGAAGAGGACGAGGAAGCCUCGUAUCCGGCAGUUAUCUUAACGCCGGGGAGGCGUCACAAGUAAACUGUUCUUGCUGCAAUCCAACGACUGUUUCCACCAAAGGAUUCUGGCACAACUAGUGUACGCAAACUUUCCUGAAGAAAUCGGGGCAACUGGACAGCAUCCACCCCACACCCUGGUGACACACCGACAGAACAACAACAUCCGCUAACAUUCCCACUGACGGGGCUCAGGAGACAGUUCUCAGAAGACAACUACGGUUGUACUACUCAAGAUGGAUCUUCAAAAGCAACAGGAAGAAAAGUUUCGAGAGGCUUGCUGCUUUGGGGAUACUGAUGCUGUCAUGACAUUGAUCUCAAGAGGUGUUAAUGUUAACAGUCCGCAUGAAAUUAAUGGCUGGACUGGACUACAUUGGGCUUGCAAAAGAGACAAUGUGGAGGUGGUACGAUUAUUACUGACAAAAGGUGCUGAUAUAGACAUCGAAAACAACCAGGCUCAAAAACCAGCCCAUUUAACUACCAAUCUACAAAUUCUUCAACUGCUCGGUGCAGAGGGCCCCACGACAUGUGAAGGAACAGCUGGAAAUGAAGAGUCACUCCCUAUUACACCUAAUUAUCUAUCGAACCCUCCCAACGACUACAAAGUUCAAGUAAACCCUGGCAGCGCGAAGAACUUGUUUGGGAAAGCCCAGACAAAUGGAAUUGAAAGUACAGACACCUGCAGUGCUCCCCUGAUAGGAAAAGGUGUACCAGCUUCUCCUGCUCAGUCGUCUAUCUCCACUUCUAUGCAGGAUAUUUUGCCGAGACAAAGUAAAGUUCCAGUGUUGGUAGGUUCAGCUGCUUCAAUCUUUUCAUCAUAUCCUCAUCCAGAUACAGUAGAACCUCGUUUAUUUGGCAAAAUGGUACUUAAGGUGAGAAUAGCAAACUCAGAUGAUCCUGAUUUCAUUGAAAUUGAUCUUCAAAAAGCACAAAUCAACUACAGUUACCUCCUGACAACUUGCUGCAAGGAAAUGGCUGUGAAUCCUCAGAUGGUGGAAAGAAUAAGAAAACUCCCAAACACUCGCCUAAGAAAUGACAAAGAUGUCCAGCGCCUUACUGACUACACAGAACUGGAGCUGGUGAUGAAGGGACAAAGUCUGCUACCUCUUGCAAGAGAGGACGCUCAAUCCACUUCAAAAAACAAUUACAGAUCAAUCCAUGGUUACAAAACUCAGACCAUUUUGUACUAAUUAUUUUCUCCUUAGCAUCACCUUUCAUCAUCAGGGUAUCAGAACUACCCAUUAAAGAAGAUUUUAAGUAAGUGUGUUUGUGUGUACAUGUGUGUGUGUAUGUGUUUUUACCUAACUGUAAUAAAAAAGAAAUGAGU